UAAUCAAAUAAAUAUUUGUCACAAUUAUAGGAAUAGAUAGAUAUUUCAAAAUUUUCUAUUUCAUUUGAUAUUUUGAAUAAAAAGAUCCGUUUAUUAUAUUAUGGCGAGAAAUUUAAGGCCCGUUAAAUCUGAAAUACACCAGAGAAACAUCAAAAGGAAAAUUAAAUCCGAGCGAACCAAAACCCCCAGUAGAUUUUCUAGGCGCUUGAGACACCUAGAACCAGAACUUAUCAUAUCUGCGUUUAGAUUUAAAAGUAGGAUGAAGCAAGAAAAACGGGACCCGAGGGAUUUAAACCCACUCUCUACCGUUUCAUCUAUGACAAUUAGAACUAACUACCAAAAACCCUUAUUCAGAAAACUGAAGUAUCCGCAUAGCGUCAAUGAUUCAAAAGAGAUAAUUAGUAUUUAUAGUGCUCCAAAACUGAGAUACCAAAAAUCGUAUCAUAAAAAUAGGUCUUCGAAAGUUCCUAAGCAGUUGUUAAGGGCCAGUUCGUGCAAACCAAAAAUAACAAUUAAGAAAAGCAAUAAAAUUAAUGAAAGUUUUUCUCCAGUUAAACAUCGAUUACAAACACCAAAUAGAGUUUUUGAAAAGGAGAGAUUAAUUGAAAAUAGAAAAAGAUACGUAUUAGAAAUACUUAAUAAAGGUGAUAUGAGAGACAUUGAAAAACUUCAAUCUGUUGGUAGUAAAACUGCAGAAAGAAUAAUGCUUUACAGACAAUUGAAAGGGUCAAUAAAUAAACUAUCCGAACUGGCAAAAAUUCCUGAAUUUCCUAAACAAAAAUACAACCAAUUCAUGAUUAAAAACUUUCUUAAAGUUGACUAGAAAAACUACAGUGAUUUAUGAAACGUCGAUGUAUAUUAAACACAAAUAAAUUAUUUUCCAAAAGAAAGACUUAUUCUAA